AUGUUCUAUAAAAAAAUCCAGCAGCAGCAUGUGAAGGUCAGGGCUGGAUUUAAACUUCUUCUACUGGGCCUCGUAGGUCUAUCCUACGCCAGGCCACAGUUGGAAUGUCCUAACGACGGCCAACAAUAUCUGAUCCCCCACGAAACCGAAUGCAACCAGUACUACGUAUGCGAAAAUGGACGGCGUGUUGCGUGGUCGAAAUGUCCGAAACAAACCUUCUUUUCGUCGGAAAAUCAGAACUGCGGUGAUUUCCUUGCUUCGACCUGUAACCCCAGAAGAGGCCGAGAUGGGGAAGAUGGCGAAGAUGGCAAGAAUGGUGAAAAUGGUGGUGGUCACGCCGGUCUUGGCGGGGCUAAAGGCCUAUCGGGUGGCGUAAAUGGUGGUAACGGCGGCAACGGCGGAAAUGGAGGCAAUGGAGGUGAUGGCUCUGGAGCCGGAAGUGGUGGAAAUGGUGGUGGUGGCGGCAACGGAGGAAAUGGCUCCGGUGCUGGCAACGGUGGUAAUGGAGGAAGCGGCGGUAAUGGUGGAAAUGGUGGAGGAAACUCUGGUGCCGGAAAUGGAGGCAACGGAGGAAACGGCGGAAAUGGAGGCAACGGAGGAAAUGGUGGAGGUGGAGGUAACGGUGGCAAUGGAGGAGGUGGUGGAAAUGGAGGAAAUGGUGGAAGCGGAGGUAAUGGCGGAAAUGGAGGCAAUGGUGGAGGUGGCGGUAAUGGCGGCAACGGUGGAGGUGGCGGUAAUGGCGGCAACGACGAUGGAGGCAAUGGAGGAGGUGAUGGAAAUGAAAGUGAAGGGGACGAUGAAAACGGAGGUGAAGGUGGUAGUGGUGGUGGUAAUGAAUUAGGCACUUACCCAAACGGCUGCCCGAAAGAUUACACUAUAGAGAAACUUCUCCCACAUCCGGAGUGUGAUAAAUUUUACCAAUGUGUUCAUGGAGAUUAUCAAGAAAUGCCAUGCGCCCUUGGUACUCAGUUCAGCUACGCUUUGCAGAACUGCACCUGGCCAUACCUGUCCGACUGUGGUGACAAUGGAACCAAUGGUGGCGGCGGAAAUGGAGGCGGCGGAAAUGGUGGCGGUGGAAACGGAGGCGGCGGAAAUGGUGGCGGUGGUAAUGGAGGCGGAAACAAUAACGAUUUCGAAACAUACCCCAACGGCUGUCCCAAAAACUACACAAUCGAAAAGCUGAUCCCUCACGCUGAUUGCGACAAGUUUUACCAGUGUGUACACGGUGACUACCAAGUAAUGCCAUGCGCUCCUGGAACACAGUUCAGCAACAAAUUACAGAAAUGCACUUGGCCAUACCUAUCUGAUUGCGGAGGCGACGGUGGAAAUGGAGGCGGUGGCAAUGGAGGCGGCGGUAAUGGAGGCGGCGGUAAUGGAGGGGGCGGAAAUGGUGGCGGCGGAGGUGGAGGCGGUGGUAAUGGAGGCGGUGGAAAUGGUGGCGGCGGAGGUGGAGGCGGUGGUAAUGGAGGCGGUGGAAAUGGUGGCGGAAACAAUACCGAUUAUGAAACGUACCCAAACGGCUGUCCCAAAGACUUCUCAAUUGAAAAGCUGUUCCCUCACGCAAGUUGCGACAAAUUUUACCAGUGCGUACAUGGAGGUUACCAAGUAAUGCCAUGCGCUCCUGGCACACAGUUCAGCUACAAAUUGCAGAAAUGCACUUGGCCAAACCAAUCUGAUUGUGGUGAAGACAGCGGAAACGGUGGUGGUGGAAAUGGAGGCGGUGACGGCGGUAAUGGAGGCGGUGGUGGCGGAAAUGGAGGCGGUGGUGGCGGAAAUGGAGGCGGUGGUGGCGGAAAUGGAGGCGGAAAUGGAAAUGGUACCGACUAUGAAACAUACCCCAACGGUUGUCCUAAAGAUUACAGUAUAGAAAAACUGUUUCCUCAUCCUGACUGCGACAAAUUCUACCAGUGUGUCCACGGUGGCUACCAAGUAAUGCCAUGCGCACCUGGUACUCAAUUCAGCUACAAGCUGCAGAAAUGUACAUGGCCAUAUCUUUCUGACUGCGGUGAAGGAGAUGGUGGAAACGGAGGCGGAGGCGGAGAUGGUGGAGAUGGUGGAAACGGAGGCGGAGGUGGAGAUGGUGGAAAUGGAGGUGACGGUGGCAAUGGUGGAGAUGGCGGCAAUGGAGGUGGAGGUGACGGCGGUAACGGAGGUGACGGCGGUAAUGGUGGAGAUGGUGGAAACGGAGGUGAAGGCGGAAAUGGUGGAGAUGGCGGCAAUGGAGGUGGAGGUGACGGCGGUAACGGAGGUGAUGGCGGUAAUGGUGGAGAUGGUGGAAACGGAGGUGACGGUGGUAAUGGUGGAGAUGGUGGAAACGGAGGUGACGGUGGAAAUGGUGGAGAUGGCGGCAAUGGUGGAGAUGGUGGAAACGGAGGUGACGGCGGAAAUGGUGGAGAUGGCGGCAAUGGAGGUGGAGGUGACGGCGGUAACGGAGGUGACGGUGGCAAUGGUGGAGAUGGUGGAAACGGAGGUGACGGCGGAAAUGGUGGAGAUGGCGGCAAUGGAGGUGGAGGUGACGGCGGUAACGGAGGUGACGGCGGUAACGGAGGUGACGGUGGCAAUGGUGGAGAUGGCGGCAAUGGUGGAGAUGGUGGAAACGGAGGUGACGGCGGAAAUGGUGGAGAUGGUGGAAACGGAGGUGACGGCGGAAAUGGUGGAGAUGGCGGCAAUGGUGGAGAUGGUGGAAACGGAGGCGACGGUGGAAAUGGAGGUGGAGGUGACGGUGGUAAUGGUGGAGAUGGUGGAAACGGAGGUGACGGUGGAAAUGGUGGAGAUGGUGGAAACGGAGGCGAUGGUGGAAAUGGAGAUGGAGGAGACGGAGGUAACGGAGGUGACGGCGGUAACGGAGGUGACGGUGGAAAUGGUGGAGAUGGUGGAAACGGAGGCGACGGUGGAAAUGGUGGAGAUGGCGGCAAUGGUGGAGAUGGUGGAAACGGAGGUGACGGUGGAAAUGGAGGUGGAGGUGACGGCGGUAAUGGUGGAAACGGAGGUGACGGCGGUGACGGUGGAAAUGGAGGUGGAGGUGACGGCGGUAAUGGUGGAAACGGAGGCGAUGGUGGAGGUGGAGGUGACGGCGGUAAUGGUGGAAACGGAGGCGAUGGUGGAAAUGGAGGUGGCGGAGAUGGCGGUAACGGAGGUGACGGUGGUAACGGAGGCGACGGUGGAAAUGGUGGAGAUGGCGGCAAUAGUGGAGAUGGUGGAAACGGAGGUGACGGUGGAAAUGGAGGUGACGGUGGAAAUGGAGGUGGAGGUGACGGCGGUAAUGGUGGAAACGGAGGCGACGGUGGUAAUGGUGGAGAUGGUGGCAAUGGUGGAGAUGGUGGAAAUGGUGGUGGCGGUAAUGGUGGUGAUGGCGGUAACGGAGGUGACGGCGGCAAUGGUGGAGAUGGUGGAAACGGUGGUGAUGGAGGCAAUGGUGGUGGCGGUAAUGAAGCAAACAGAUGCCAAGAGAACUGCCAUGUUCCAUUCUGGAGGCACGAAACCGACUGUGACAAAUUCUGGCGAUGCGACAAUAAUGAAGUUGUUCUUGGAGUUUGCUCUGAAGGCCUCAGGUUUAAUGAGGAAAAGCAGACCUGUGACUUCGCCUGCUACGUUAAUUGCCAAAGGGCUGAAAUUCAGUCCACUGCGGGCAUUGAUGGCUUAAAGGUUUUCCUUCCAUGGAACAAAGUUGACUCCCUUCUAGAAAUCGCUAAAAAUACCAAGAAAAUAAACAAUCGCUCAUUUUACGGAUACUAA